AUGGCCCCCAAGCGUCCCAGUGCGGAUGGUCAGCCUGUGGCCAAGGCGAAGCAGGCUAAGAAAGCUGCCAAGGCUAAAGCGCUUCCAGUGUCCGCUCAGGGCCAAGGGGACAGCGCGGCAAGCGCAUUGGCAUUGGCAUCCUCUGCUGGUGUUGGCUUGUCAAUCCCUCCAGAAGCUAUGAAAUGCAACGGAGAAAUUAUCUCUAAGCACUUGGACAAUGUGAGAAUCUUCCGGGAGGAAGCAGCAGCAGCUGACAUUGUGCAAAUGCUGCCGGAACGAGAAGGUUUCGUACAGAGCUUCAACGAGAAAGACGCGUUGCAGUCGCUGAAACGCGAGCAGCGCUACAUGUCUCGAAUCAAUUUGUUUUGGUUAGACCAUAGCUACUCGUCUUCUCCACACGUGCCCAUCAACAAAGGAGCAAUUGAGAAAUUGAAGCGUCACUACUUCACGAAGCCUUCUGGUUUGGAGCAGCAUGCAGUGCACGUUGCCAUAUUGCAGGCCGAGCUGGAUGCUGGAACUUUCCCGGCAUUUGGCUGCUGGAAGAGAUUGUCGCCUGAAGAAUCCAUCAUGGCUUGGUUUGAGGCGGCAGCUGCAACAGCUACUUUGAUUCGCGAGGGCGCCAAAGAGCAUGAAAAUGAGUUGCAAGAGUGGUUUCGGCAUUGUCUAUCCACAGUCUGCAUCAUCAAGGUUGUGGAGAACCAGGCGGAGAUUGAGUGGGCCAGUGCUCAGCUCCGAGAAGACAUGGUCCAAAUGGCAGUGCUCCAAAGAACGCCCACGCAGAGAAUUUUCGAUUUGGUAGCAAAGCGUGAGAGCUUGGGAAGCAACUUCACUCCGGAAGCUUUGGUAACCAUGUAUGACAAGAAGCUGAAGUGGAGUUCGGCGGCAGAGAAACUGACCGUUGGCUUCAUCAACCACGCCUGUCUUGUCAUGGACCGUGCCUUGCGUGUGCCCGCUGUCUUGGAUGUGGUCUUGGCAGAAGAAUCCUCGGACAACCCGGUUUGGAAAACGGUCUCCCUCUUGCAAGCCACAGUCUCCAAGACAUCCCGGCCUGACGAGAUAGUAUGGAUUUUCCAGUACAUGAGAGAUGCCAAGCUCGCUGGUUUUUUGCAAGUGGACGGCCUCACGACUAGAUUCCUCACUGGGACUGCCAAAGACCACAACAAGGGGUACAUUGACCUUGUGCUGUUCAAGCUACGCUUCCGGAACUACUUGACAUCGGAGUUUUUGACGACUGAAGGCAAAGAUUUGAAAGAAGCCCAUCGAACAGCUCUGCGAGAGUUGUGCCAAGAUGUGGCAACCUUUCGGCAGAAAGUGGGCUACCCAAACCGCAAGAGUGAUUUGUCUUGGAAAGCGGGGUGGCCAGCAGCCGCAGACGCAGCCCUACAGCUUUUCGAGGACAUUCUAUUCCGGGACACCUUCGACGAGCAUUUGAAGUCUGGCUUGCGAGCCGCAAAGGCUCCUGUGGAUUGCUUGCAAGUUGACAAUCCAUUGGGCGAAAAAUUCACGGAGCUCAAGAACUUGUUGCGCCAAGAGUCCGAAAGCGUCAGGGCUGCAGCAGCUGCGGACACCACUGCGGCAGCAGCGGAGACUGAACAGGAAGGAGUCAGCCCCUUGAAGGACCGCUCGCCGACUUUCCUAGCUUUCUUGGACAACGUUCAGGCCAAAAUGGGAGAAAUUAAAAACAAUGAUAUCCUAGAGCUCAUUGCCACGUAUGAAGAGAAAGCCCGCAACCUUUUCGCUUCCAACGUGACGUUGAGCGAGAUCCCCAACUCUGAGACGGAGUUCGCCAAGAUUUUGCAGGGGUCUGCGGCCGCCGCUGUUCGUGGAAGCGGCCCUGCCUGGACCGCAGUGAUUUUGGACCCGGCCCAAUGGGGCGAAGCAAUCACGAGCCCAAACAUCAGAACUCCGCCUUUGAACUUGGUCCUCUUGAAGCAGUUCAUGAAUGCAGUGAUCCAGAAUAGAGACAAGCAGUCCUUGCAAUUGCAAGACAGGGAUAUGGUGGUCUACUUCGAUUGCUUUACUCCUGGCAACACAAGCAAGGUGCUGAGUUCUUUACAGAAUUCUGCAGGCAGCCAAAUCUCCAAGAAUGUCAUGAACGUGUACUUGUCCUAUGAUGAGGAUAGCCUGCGGAAUCGCAGGCAAUAUGUGAAGCACAACUCCACCAUUUUCCAACAAGUCGAGGUGAUGUCGGUUGUAACCCACGACGCCUUCCAGGAUUCCAUGACCUACCGCGCCCGUUUGUACUACAAAGGCAGCAAUCUUGGCAACAAGAUUGGCGACGUUGCUUUGGAUGCCCCUGCUACGCUUUGGAGCUUGCAGCUGAAGGAGAAGCUGGAGGUCUUUGGCAAGUACAGAGUGGCAGUGGGUGGAAGAACGCCAGGCGAAGCUGAAUCCCACCGCGGAGUCUCUACCAGAAAGAUGACAAACGUGGAGCCAGUCUUCUGGCAUUCGCGUCCGCUGUCGCUUUGCUUUGAACUUCUGCAUUCCUACAACAUCACAGCAGUGGUGGAUGUGGGCGCUGCCGAUGGAAACUGGGCCUUGGCGUGCUGUUUGAAAAGAUGCCCCUAUCAUGGCUUCUGUCUCACAGAGACACAUUUGAACAUGGUGACAGAAAGGGUGGUCUGCGAACUUCUUUUGAAGAUGUUGAACAGCAGCGAAACGAUUUACGAACCGAAGUUUGCUGCUUGGGAGGCGACCGUGCAAAUCAAUGCCGAUCCACCGCAGUCACGGGCAGCCAAACAGGAGGCGGCAGCUCUGGCUCCGGGAACGGCGCCACAGGCUCGAGCGACGGAGGAUCUGGCGCAAGCAGAGGUCAAAGUCAUUCACAAGUACGCGCCAGAAGUCUGCCCAAAAAAGAGGAAAUUCAUCCAGGAGGCCAUAGGCCCUGACUACUUGCACCACGACAUGACCACCAGCGGCUCUCUUCCCACCGCAUUGUGGGAAGAUUGCGACCUUUACGCAGUCGGGUUCCCAUGUCAGUCUUUCAGUUUGGCAGGGAAAAAACAGGGUGUCCAGGACCCCCGGGGUCAGCUGAUGGCGCAUGUCCCUGCGCAAAUUCAACGGCACAAGCCGAAAUCCUUUCUGGUUGAGAACGUUUUGGGUUUGAUGCAGCUCUUCCCAAAGCAAUUCAAUCUGCUCGUGGAAACUCUGCGUGCAUUGCGCGAUUCCUCCAACCAACUUUGCUACAACGUCUACUGGUCAGUCAUGUCGACCCAAGAACAUGGAGGCCUGUGUCAGCAUCGAGAACGGAUUUACAUCGUAGGUAUCCGACGCGACGUCCAAUGCAAAGAUUUCAUGUGGCCAGUGAAAUCCCCGCGCUGCAUGUCUUUGGCUAUUUUAGGCCCUGCUGCCCCGGUGAAACAAGAUUUGCGAAAUCUUGAGAUAGAUCAGAAUGGACGGAAGCUCAACCAAACUGUCCGCCAGAACCUUGCGGCUUUCCACACAAAGGUCGCCGCAAGUAAUGAGCUGAAUGAAGACUGGAUUGUGAAUUGCGGCAACUCCGAAGUCCAUUUCAUGAAGGGCGCCACACCUUGUUUGACAGAAAGCAGGUGCAAAAGCUGGCAUGGCUAUUGGUCCCAAAUGCAUCAGCGAUUUCUGGACCACAAAGACUACUUCCUGCUGCAAGGAAUCCCACCCAAUUCCUACAGCUUCGAUGAAACCAAGCACUCUCCGCAAACGUUGGGGCAAUUGGCGGGGAAUGCAAUGAGUGUUUGUGUAGUGAAGCGGAUAGUGAGAAGAAUCCUGAUUGCCAGAGGUGUGAUGGCGCCGUCAGAACCCUUGGUCCUCUUUUUGAUCACGGUGAUGACCCGAGAAAAUGAUGAGGAUUGCAUUGAAUUUGUCCGGGAGAGCUGCCGCAAUAUUCUUGCUUUUUGUGGGCGCCGCCCAAGUUUGGAACCUUUGAUGAGCAUGUGGCAAGCAGCCACGACAGCGUUGCUGCGAACCGCAUGGGGGGGUGGACCUGAAGCUCCUAUCCAAACACUUGCGGGCAUUGGCGCCAGUUCCAAACACAAGCCUUUAGCAGCUCUCAAAAAUUGUCCCUACAAGGCCACCAUUCUGCGUGAGCAUGAGUCCUUGGACCAGUUGCUGCGCCGCAUGAUCACCAUAGCUAAAUACGAUGAUGGCUUCAGCGAGUUAGAAAGUGAGCUGUCAGAAGUGCAGCUCCUUUUUCAAGACAUAAUGUUCAUUGUGUCUGCUGCAAAUUAA